UUGUGCUGAUACAGUAGAUACGACAGUCUCUUGAAGGCUGCGUUGGAUUCACUGCUCGAGACUAAACUCUGUCAAGAGUUAGUUAUCCGAACCAUUACUUUGGAAAUAGCAGAAUAUUUCUCAAGUAAAGAUCUGCUUUUAACAUUUAUAUUCAUAUUUCCAUCUGACAUCCAAUGCAAUGAUCAAAUUUAUUACUCUUUUUGUUGAAUUGUGCAUCAUUUAUCAGAUUCUGUGUGAUACCACUGAAGGCUCAGCGUCUCACCAUGACACCAAUGAAGUUGUGCAUGAGGACGAGACUUACUACACCCCUCAGUUGGACUACAAACAUCCGCAGUGGUGCCAUACACUUAAGCUAUCCCACGGGGAAGUGUCCUGUUCUUCCCCUCGAGGCGGAAGCUACCAAAGCACGCUUGGAACUCGCUGUUUGCUCUCCUGUGAUCGAGGAUAUAAACGGCUGGGGCGAUCAUCUGUGCAGUGCAUGCCCAAUCGCCGCUGGUCUGGAACCGCUGUCUGUCGAAAGGUGCGUUGUCAUGUUCUGCCUCUGAUUGACCACGGUAUGUACAGUUGCACCCGUGGUUUUGUGGUAGACUCCAGGUGUGACUAUACCUGCUAUGAAGGCUACCAGAUUGAGGGAGAUCGCUACCGUAUGUGCCAAGAAGAGGGAAAAUGGAGCGGUGCGGAUCCGACGUGUGCAGAUCAUGACCCUCCCAAACUGAAAUGUCCUUUGUCCAGAGUGAAGGUAGCAGAACCAGGAAAACUAACUGCCAUGGUUUCUUGGGAACGUCCUGUGGCUAAGGAUACCGCUGACAGAGCACUACAGGUCUUGCGAAAUGGACUGCAGUCUGGAUCCGACUUUCCAGAAGGAAUACACGUAAUUCGAUAUAAAACCUAUGACCAAGCUGGCAACACAGCGACUUGCAAGUUUACUGUGCAUGUUGAAGUGAGAAGGUGUCCAAAGCUAAAGCCACCUAUGCAUGGCUACCUGACAUGCUCAUCUGAUGGCAAUAAUUUUGGGGCUAUAUGUGAAUACCAUUGUGAUCCUGGCUUUGAAAGGACAGGUUUUUUGACACGUGUUUGUCAGCUCAACCGCAGCUGGUCUGAUGAAGCUGCUCAGUGUGUAUUAAUGGACAUAAAAACAGAUGUCAGGUCUGCCGGUGCUCUGCUCGACCAGUUUUAUGAAAAGAGAAGGCUUCUUGUUGUAUCUACUCCAGAUAAUGCUAACCAGAACUACAGGCUUCAGAACAUGAUGCUGCAGAAGGCUGAGUGUGGUCUGGAUAUGCGACAUGUGACAGUGAUUGAGCUGUUGGGAACUCUACCUCGUGCAGUGGGGCGCAUCAAAGAACGACGUCUAGAGCCUGAGGUCAUAGAGGGUCUUAGACAGGCACUGCAUAUCUCUACAGCAUAUUUCACCAUGGUGCUGCUGGAUGAAUACGGUGUGGAUCGGGAGCGCUUUGUUAACCCCACCACCUCUGAUGAGCUCUACUCAUAUGUAGAGGAGUACCUCCUCACUGAGGAGGAGCGAGAGAGACUGGAGUUGAACAAGGACUUCUGUGACUGAUCUCGGUCUGAUCAACUCCAGAUCUACGUGGGGCAUGGUGAUGUUGUGGGUGGGAGUUUUCCUUAUAGCGGUAGGUCAUCAGGAUGCAUGCACCCCCAGAGCCUGUUUCCUAGACAAACAAUCAUUUGAAACUACAUAUUGUAGGCAUUAUUAAUGGAGAA